AUGUCAGUUUCACAGCCAACUGUUUCGAGAAUAGUUUUUCGUGUGAGCGUUUUACUUGCAAGCAAAAUCCAUGAUUAUAUAAAAAUGCCCUCGACGCAAGAAGCAAAAUUAGAAAAUCAGAGACUUUUUGAGCGCUUAGGAUUUGGUAAUGGAGCAAUCGGAAUACCUGGUGUUGAUGGAGCAAUUGAUUGUACUCAUGUCCGAUUAGUCCAUACAAGAUUUCAAAAUAUUAAUGAAGUUUUCAGAAAUAGAAAAGGCUACUUUUCUCUAAAUGUACAAACAGUUGUUGGUCCACGAAUGGAAUUUUUAGAUAUAGUUCCAGAAUGGCCAGGUAGUGCUCACGACAGUCGUAUUUUUCAAAAUUCACGAAUCUACAUGAGAUAUUCUGAACGUCAACUAACUGGGCUACUCGUUGGUGAUGCUGGAUAUCCAUGUCUACCUUUUCUAAUGACGCCUCUUAAUAACCCAGUAACUGAUGAACAAAUAGCCUAUAAUAAUAUUCAGAGUAGAACACGAAUUAUUGUGGAACGGACAUAUGGUGUCUGGAAACGACGAUUUCCUUGUCUAUCAAGAGGAUUAACAAAUAAACUUAUUUGUUCAACUACGAUUGUUGUAGCCUGUGCUGUGUUACAUAAUUUAUCGCUAAUAUUCAACGAUGACCUGCCGGAAGAGGAUAUACCAGACAACUUAGAUGAUGAUCUAAAUGGAGAAAUUCCUGUGCCUCAAGUAAAUCAACAACCUGCAGAUGGUUUUGCGUUUCGUGAAGCAUUAAUAUAUCGCAUGUUUAAUGCCUAA